AUGUCGAGCAGCGUCUUCGAGGUGAAGCUCUGUAGGAAAGAGAAGAUUCCACGGCGUGGUGUCUCUGCAACGUCAACCUCGCCAACCUCCGUAAUCUCGUGGUCCGAUUCGGGCUCCAAAACAACAGUCUCCUCGGCAUCAUUAGUAGUCUCCUGUUCGUCGAGCGCUGUCUCAUCAGCUUCCUCAGGCAGCUCAGGCUCGAGGGCAGUGUUGAGAGCUUCUUCCUGCUCCUCUGGGGUCUCCACUUCCUCCUCAUGGACGGUUUUUUCCUCCUCUGCUUGGUCUCGGUCCUGCUCCACUUCUUCUGUCUCUUCCGGUUCGACGGCCUCAACCUGCGGCUCCAAGGCAUAUUCCUCUGGCUCCUCCAAUUCCUCUGGUUGCUCCGCGCCGCUCUCGUCCAUGUCCAUCAUGGUACCCGACACAAAGUCUUUCAAAGAGCUCAGGAACGAGCCUGGUUCGCUAACGGGAGUUUCAUUGAACUCGACAAUUUGCUCGGAUUCGAGCUGCUCCUCUGCCUUGCCUGGGUGCUCUAGCCGCUCUCCCCGUGGCUCCACGUCUGAUUCCUCCUGUGGCUCUAACUCUGAUUUAGCCUCUGCUUCCUCCUCUUCAACAGGCACCUGUAUCGUCUCGACACCUUCUUCGACUUCGUCCACCUCUUCCGGCUCGGGUGCGGCCGCCUCUUCAGCUUCCACGGCGGAUUCCUCGUCAGAGUCCGCAGACUCCUCCAGCGGAACAUGGAUAACUGUCGUUUCAGCCUGUUCUUCCUCCUCCGACUGGGCCUCCAACUGGGCCUCCGACUCGUUAACGGCAGUCACGAACUCGGACUCGUCUUGA